AUAAAGAUUGACUCACAAUAAACAUGGUUAAUUUUUCAAGAGCGAAUCAUUGUCAUUGUGCUUCGACAGUGUGAUUGCGGUUGUUGUUUCUGAUUAAAGCUUGUGGUGAAUAAAUAUAUACUUUUAUAAUUUUUGUGAGGUAGGCAAGUUUCACUUUGUGCAAAGACCUACAAGGAUUUUUCUGUUUAUAAGAGUUUUCACUAUUCUCCAACAUGUAUAUGGACCUACUGGCAGCUGCCUUAGUGCUUUUUCUGUCAAUCCUACUAAUCAACAACCGAAAAGACCGUAAGAAACUUUUUGGAGUUUACAGCCAACCAGGAAAAUGGUAUUUCAUCAAAUAUCCGGUAAUGCUCGGCCUGUUGGUUUUUAGACGAUUGCAGUAUUAUAUUUAUGGUAAAGAGGGCUUUUUUGACGAAAAGCAAUUGGAGAGGAGACGACCGUUAUCAAACCAUCCACUGGCAUUUGACGCGAUAUUCUUCCACGCAGUGUCCCAAGACGACGUUUAUGUUGUGGCUGGAGCUGAAAGACGUCAAGCAGGAAUUAUCAAUGGAUUAAUUUACAUCAAACAUCCAGAAUUCGGUUUAUUAAAAACCCCCAAAUUGCCUGACACAAAGUUAAACGAAGAUCCCGAAGCGAUCAUGUCGGGCAAAGAAUGGGCCGCCGAAGGUUUCAAAUUUACACCUGUCGAGCCAAUGAAAAGGUGGGAUUUGAGCUACAGCGGAAAAAUGAGGAUUCACGGCAAUGAUGAUAAAUUAGUGCAAGUGGACAUGCAGGCCAAAUUCGUCAGCGAUUUGCCGUGGUUUAUCUACGAAACCGAUAUACCAGCCAAGAUGUUGGCUCACUCUUUCGCUAUUGAACCAUGGACGAACGAAUAUUUUCAAACACUUAAAGAGGCACAUCAGUCUCACUACGAACAACAAGGUUUUCUCGAGGGAACACUCAAAGUCGACGGGAAAGAAGUGCCUCUGAAACUUGACGCUUUCAGAGAUCAUAGUUUCGGCGAAAAACGUGAUUGGUCCCUGAUGCACCGUUACAUUUUUCACAUGUUUUACCUGAAAAAUCAAACCCGUAUAGUUUUGGGUGUGAUCUCGCAGCCUUGCUCGUCCUCGCACAUGCAGAUGGGCUACGUGGUCCACGCUAAUGGGAAAAUCGACACUAUCGACACGUGCGAUUUGUUCUUGUGGCAACACGGCGAAGGCGGUCGACCCAGUGACGAUUUGUGUUUCACUUUUGUGGCAGCUGAUCACAUCUACGAAUGCAAAGUUAAGUACGAUUCCACGGUAGCUCAUUUUGUUGGAGAAAAUACCCUAGUGAAAAUGUACGAGAGGUUUUUGACAUGCGAAGUUAAUGGUAUCAAAGGCAAGGGCAUUUCCGAAUGGAACUAUAGCAACACUAAUGGAAAAUUUAAUUUAAAUCAGUAUCAUUGUUGAAUUAUUUACAUUAAAUUUUUAUCUAUACACAA